AUGCCAAGGCCUUUAUCCCUGCCUCAAGUCGUCAUGCUUCGCCUAGCUCUCCUUUUCAGUUUUGCCGCCUUCUCGUUGGCAUGCGCUCCAACGACUAAGACGACUACGACGACUACGACAUCUACGACAACCACUACGAGUAAACAAAAGCGCGCAGUUGGUCAAGCACAAGUUACUUUGCUAACCCAUCAGGAUUUUGAUGCAAACAUGAUUCCUGCUUACUUGAAGGUCGUCAGAUCUGCGAUUGAGCAACAUGCAAAAAACCAAAAUNGACGAGAAGACUGAGAACAUCAAUGGAAAAUUCGGUGUCGUCUACACCAUCCUCGGUGUGGACUGUGAUAAGCUGAGUAA